AAACCUCACCAUUCUAGAGAGAGAGAUAUAUCUAUAGAGAGAGAGAGAGAGAGAGAAUGAGAAACGAUCAAGUAAGAUUGAACAAUGGCACCACCAUACCAUUACUUGGUAUGGGAACCUACUCCUUUGAAAAUGAUAGGAAAAUCACUGCGCAUGCUGUCGAGAUGGCCCUUAAGAUGGGAUAUAGACACUUCGACACUGCACACGUGUACGGCUCGGAGGCAGCCUUAGGUAAUGCGUUGAACGAUGCCAUCUCAAACGGCGCUGUUCAAAGAGAAGAUCUUUUUAUUACAUCCAAACUGUGGGGAAGUCAUCACCACGACCCCGUUUCAGCACUCCAAAAAACCCUCUCGGUCAUGGGAAUGAAAUACAUAGACAUGUAUCUAGUACACUGGCCCGUGCGAUUGAAGCCGUGGGUCUCUGACCCUAUCCCUAACGACGACGAAUUCGAACAAUUGUGUCUGGAUGUGACAUGGGCUGGCAUGGAGAAAUGCUUGGAAAUGGGCUUGUGUAAGGGUAUUGGCGUUAGCAAUUUCUCUUCCAAAAAGCUCCAAAAUCUGUUGGAUUUCGCAUGUGUACCUCCCGCUAUCAAUCAGGUGGAAAUGCACCCUAUGUGGAGGCAAAAGAAGCUUAGAGAUUUAUGCAGCGAUCACAACAUCCACGUGAGUGCGUAUUCUCCACUUGGGGGCCCAGGAAAUUUCUGGGGAUCAACGGCUGUGAUUGAAAGCCCAUUGAUAAAAUCAAUGGCUCUCAAACACGGAGCAACGCCAGCUCAGAUCGCUCUGAGUUGGGGUUUAUCGAAGGGGGCGAGCGUGAUCGUGAAGAGUUUUAAUCAAGAGAGAUUGAAGGAGAACAAGGGGGCUCUUGAUCUCAAGCUGGAAUAUAAUGAAAUACUCGAAAUCGAUUCAAAAUUGAAGGAAAUGAAGAUUAUGAGAGGAGAAGUAUAUGUGAAUCAAGUGUCGAGCCCUUACAAAACCAUUCAAGAAUUGUGGGAUGAUGAGAUUUGAUUGUUGUUUGUGUGCAUCUUUCUAAAUUUGCAAAUGUAUGUGUAGUGCCUUUUGUUUGUUGUACUUUAUGGAGGAAAACUAGUACAUUUCCUACUAUCAAGACAUGUAUAAAAAGCAAAUGCGUGUUGAUAAUAUAUUCUUAGUUGGGCAUGUUUACUUUUUAACCCUCUAAAUGGAGGAAUAAUAUAAAGAAGUAUAAAUUUAUCAC